AUGUCUGGGUCUAAUGCCAAAGAUGAACGACGUGACGAUCGCCAGCAGGAUCUGGCGCAGACUUGUGCUCACGAUGGUUCCCUCGUUGAUGGUCUCAAGCAUGUUUUCGCAGAUCUCACGCAAGACUUGCAAAAAGUCUCCGAUCAGGUCCACGUUGACCUGGUGGCCGUAUUUGGCGAGUCCCUCGAGCACGGGGGCCAUCAGCUUCUCUGGUCUGGCUCUCAGGAUCUCCAGAACCGCAGAGCUAGCGCCAGCUCGCACGCGGCGUUGUUUGCAAGCACUCCGAGCUGGAUAUCCAGCUCGCUUGCUUUGGGUGUCGUGGCAACCACCCGCGACUUGGUGCUCAGCAGAUCAACGUACUGCUUGUACUCGAACACGAGCGUUUCCUCGAAAAACCGCAGCUUUGCCACGUCGCGGCCCACUUUCUGUUUCUUCUCAAUCUCCGAGAGCGGUCUGAUGCGGUAUGCUGGUGCAAUGCUCUUGAAGAUCGGAACCGCAGCAAGAAGCGACAGUUUCGAUGUGUUUGGGUUGCGGGACUUGGCCAUGCGCCGCAGCCGCGACAGCUGCUUAACGUGCUCCUCUGGGUCCUCCAUGAUGCUUUCGGCAAUGGCCGCGAUCUCCUCUUUGGUCUUGAUCAGCUUCUCCUGCGGCGACAGGUCGUUGUCAGACUCUGGCUCAGACUCAGACUCAGGUUCAGGUUCAGGCUCCUGUUCCGGCUCGUCGUCCUCUUGCUCCUCGACAGGCUUCUCCUGUUUCGCCUUCAUCACACGUUGGAACGAACCGUCCAACGUUUUGAUCGGCAGGGCUUCCUCCACGUCCUGCUGCUGCUUAAACUGUCUGGGACGAAGCUCGUAG